GAGCCGGAGCGGAAGUGGUGACCGGAGCGGAAGUGGAGCCGCCGCAGCCGCCGAUUCCGGAGCCGGGGUAGCUGCUGCCGCCGCCUCUGCAGCCGCCGCCGCCGCCGGAGGAGUGGGAUUGGGGAGGAAGCGGUCACUGCGCCCGGAGCUCUGCUCGCAAGGUUCUCUGCCCCCUGCAGUCCUCCCACGGGAAUGACCAUGGAUAAAAGUGAGCUGGUACAGAAAGCCAAGCUCGCCGAACAGGCCGAGCGCUACGAUGACAUGGCUGCAGCCAUGAAGGCGGUCACGGAGCAGGGGCAUGAGCUUUCCAACGAGGAGAGAAACCUGCUGUCCGUCGCCUACAAGAAUGUGGUCGGCGCCCGCCGUUCAUCCUGGCGUGUCAUCUCUAGCAUCGAACAGAAAACCGAGAGGAAUGAGAAGAAGCAGCAGAUGGGCAAGGAGUACCGCGAGAAGAUCGAGGCCGAGCUGCAGGACAUCUGCAAUGAUGUGCUGGAGCUGUUGGAUAAAUACCUUAUUCCCAAUGCUACACAACCAGAAAGUAAGGUGUUCUACUUGAAAAUGAAAGGCGAUUAUUUUAGAUAUCUUUCUGAGGUGGCGUCUGGAGACAAUAAACAAACCACUGUGUCGAACUCCCAGCAGGCUUACCAAGAAGCAUUUGAAAUUAGUAAGAAAGAAAUGCAGCCUACACACCCCAUUCGACUGGGGCUGGCACUUAAUUUCUCCGUCUUUUAUUAUGAGAUUCUAAACUCUCCUGAAAAGGCUUGCAGCCUGGCAAAAACGGCGUUUGAUGAGGCGAUUGCUGAAUUGGACACACUGAAUGAAGAGUCUUACAAAGACAGCACCCUGAUUAUGCAGCUGCUUAGGGACAAUCUCACUCUGUGGACGUCGGAAAACCAGGGAGACGAAGGAGAUGCUGGGGAGGGAGAGAACUAAUGUCUGCCUGCUUCGCGAUCUCUUGAGUGUCACUCUGUACCCUCCACAUAUAUCCCUUUGUGCGAUAAAAAAAAAAAGAAACGUACGUCAACUUUCAAUGUUUCACAGCCUCAGCCUAGCAAAAAUGGUCCAUGGGAUGAACAGCUGGUAUUUGUAUCUAAAAUUCAGAUUGGUCACAUAAAUGCCACGGCAUUCUGAAGUUUUGAUUUUGAUUAACAUUGACAGGAUUACUGUGUGUUUCAUUUAAAAAAAAAAACAAAACUGAACACUGUGAUUAUGGGGUUUUGUAAUUUAGCAGAACUCUUACUGGUAGAAAAAAAAAUAGACCUGAAUUAUGUGUUACUUUUUGGAAAGUUAAAUUUGAUUCAAAACAGUUGUCCCUGAAAUACAGUUCCAUUGUAAAGCUGUACAGAAAGUUAGAGAUUCUAUUGUGACACUGGGACCUGGAGUGGGUCACCUUUCACUUGGUAUUCGAGUUUUACGGUAAUUUCUAGUGAUUCUGCCCAUUCUGAUCAGGGCUUUUAGACACUUGGUAUGUUGGGGCUUGUUGCCACUGAAAAGUUCGUGACCACAGAUGGCCACAGUGUCUUCCUCCAAGGAAACUCGAAGCCAGCAAUGAACAUUCUUGGUCGCAGAUAACUGGGUUAUGACAGCAUGCAAAGGUCCACUGCUCAUAGACCACCUGUGACUCCAGCCCCUUCCCCUGUAGCAGCAUGUUUACUGAUUGGCAGCUUGUGCUUAGGUAGUGGAAUCUGUUUUCCCUGUAACCAUGAGCCCAAGAUGGAAAAAAAAAAGCCGUGUAUCUUAUGAAUGGCCUUAUCUGUUUCCUGGGUAAUACCUUUGAGAAUAAUGUUGUGCAGAGAUUUAUCUUUCACUUGAGAAGUAAGUACUCAGUGUUUGGGUUCUUCCUAGCUCGGGGCUUUAAAAUUUUGAAAUCUAAACAUUCUUUCCCACAGUCCUUUAUGACUGUUGACUUUAGUAUUCUCUAAAUUUCUGUCCUGCUUCCUUAUAUUUUUUCCUUUGGGCAUUCACUCUCUCUCUAUGCCUUUUAUUCGUGGUUUAGGACUAGACGGGCAGGGACAGGGGGUCCACAAGGGGAUGAAAGAUGUUGGCGAGCACUUUGGUGAGCCAGCCUUUCUUCAGAGUUGAAAAGAGCUUCCCACAUUUCAGCUGUCUUCCUCCAAUUCUCAGCUCGGUGGUUGCUCUUCAGUCACACCAAGAUCUGACUCCAAAAAGUAUUUUUAAAUAUCCAUGGUUUCUUUUUAUAUUGCAGCCAACCCUGAUAAUGCUUGUUAGCACCUGUCACCAGCUCUCCCAAGGGUACCCAUCCCGUCAAGUUCACAGACACAUGUCAGGGAAGUUGCAUGAACACUGCGAUGGGGAGAGUCAGGAAUAGCCCGGCCUAGCAGUCUCAGUCUCCACCUUCCUCCCCGAACAUUCCACGUAGCCGUAGUGUCCCAUCUGUUUGUCCAUCUGCUGAAAUAAGAAAAGAAACAUUCAUGCACUGAUUUCAAACAAACCAAAAGGAAAAAAAAAAAAAAAAACACCCCUCCUUUCUAGCUGAACAAAAAUGUGCAGUUAAUACUUGCCGCUUGAAAAUGCAGUAGUGACUGUGGAACGAGCCUGUCUGUAUAUCUGGUAGCUCUCUCUCUCUCGCUUUGUUUUUCCUCACCAGUAUUCUGCCUCACGUUUGCUUCUGUGAUGGUUAUAUUGCCUAGCAAGCACACCCGUGGUUGUGAAAAUAGUAUAGCAAAAAAGAAAAAACCCCGGUUAUUGAUGUACUAGAUUUGUGUAUGUCUUUUAAACAGUUCUAGUUUCCACCUUACACGGAAUAAUCAGGAAAAGUGUAAAAACUCAAAAGUGAAAUAAAAAAUUUUAUCAGUUA